UCGGGAUACCGUUACAAGUCUAAAAGACAUCGAGUGGAUUCAUUAUUUAAUUUAUUUAUUACGCAAUAGUUAUUUUUAUGUUUAACAAUCACUUAAUUGAAAACGAAAUUUAAAAUUCGGUAAAUAGUUAUGUAUUAAUGUAUUUUUGUUUAUAAAUUACUCAAAUAUCGUAUUAUAUAUAUAUCUACAUUUAAUAUUAUAACUAAUGACAAUGUCUCGUAUAGUCAAUACUAAAGUGAAUAUGUCAGUACAUAACUAUGAAUAUUUUAAUGUAGCAUCAACAAAUUUCAGUACUAAGAAGUCCAAACAAAGGUAUUUCAAAAUGUCCCAAAAGCGAAAUAGUGAAAAAAAAUCACCUGCGUUUGAUUCAUUAUUUGAAAUACAUUUUAAUAAUGAAAAGUGUUCUAAUAGUAAAGUUGAUGACUAUAUGUCAUUAUAUAGUAAAGUGAAUAAACUACAAAAAGGUUAUACACCCUUACAUCUAUCAAUUGAAACAGGCAAUCUUCAUUUGGCACAAUUUUUGCUAAAACUUCCAACGAUCAAUGUCAAUGUGUUCACUAAUACUGGUUUUACAGCACUUCAUAUGGCCAUUAAGUCAAAUAACUUAAAUAUUGUUAAGUCCUUGUGUGAACAUCCUUUUAUUGACUUGGAAGCAACAUCCAAUUCAUUAGGUACACCAUUAGUUUAUGCCACACUAAUAGCUACUCCAAUAAUUUUGAAAACGUUAAUUAAUUAUGGUGCUGAUGUUAAUAAAACAUUUACUACAGAUUGUUUAAGUCCUCUGAUGUUAGCUAUUCAUAACAACAAAACAGAACAAAGUUGGCUAUUGGCCGAAAGUGGUAUUUGCCCUUCACAUACAGAUAUUAAGAAAUGGAAUGCUUUACAUUACGCUGCUUUAUUUAAAGGUUCUGUGGAGCUUAUUAAGAAGCUGGUAAAUAUCGGUGUGGAUAAAAAUGGUGUAACUCGUGAAGGAAUGACUCCUUUACAUCAUGCAGUAAUUUCUGGAAGUAUAAAUGCUGUUAACAUAUUUGUUCAAUUGGAAUCGGAUGUCCAUAGGAGUGAUGAAAAUGGACUAACUGCUUUACAUUAUGCUGCAUACCAAGGUCAUUGCGAAAUGGUGAAAAUUUUGUUAAUUGCUGGUUCUAGACCAAAUAAAAAAACUAAUAGCAAAGUAACACCAUUACACUUCGCAGCCAAACAUGAUCGUCAUUCAGUUGUAAAAGAGUUAUUGAAGUAUUUUGUUGACGUUAAUGCUUUAACUAUGCAAUGUAAUACACCAUUGCAUUAUGCAGCAUGCAAUGGAAAUGAAGAAAUGGUAGAUGUUUUACUUAAAAAUGGAGCUGAUAUAAAUAUUCCAAAUAAAGAUAAUGAUUUACCCAUUCACCUUGCCUGUUUACGUGGUGCAGUUAAAGUUGUAAAAUUAUUAUAUUCCAAUAGAUUAAACAUGAAUUGUCGAAACAAAAAUAAUAUGUUACCUAUACAUAAUGCUAUUCUUAGUUCUAAUACAGAACUUGUCAAGUAUCUUCUAGAUACAUGUAAAUACAGUGUUGAUAGUGAUGUCUAUCAUGUGGCUUUACGUUCUGGUAACAUUGAUAUCCUUCAAUUAAUAAUUGAAAAAACCAGCAGUGAAAUAUUAAAUGAUCAGGUGUUUUGGUUCAAGGUAAUUGGUUUUUCUGGAUCUUUAGAUGUUUUAAAACUGUUUGUGAAACAUAAUACCCCACCUACUUCGUCUUUAAUAAGUUUAGUUGGAUAUGCAACACGUCUAGGCUUCUGUGACAUUGCCCAAUACUUAUUGAAUUAUAUAGACAAAUGGGAAGAUUUGAUUGAUGAAGAAGGUUAUACAACACUUCAUUAUGCUAUUGAAAAAGGUAAUGUAGAAUUAGUACGUAAUUUAAUAGAUCGAGGUUCAGAUAUGGAGUGCACCAACGACAUAAGUAAUAUAUUAUUACACACGGCAUCCAAGAUUGGGAAUCAAGAAAUGUAUGAACUGUUACACAAGACAACUAUAAAUUGACGCAACCAGAAUGAUAAGUUAGACAUCACUUUCACAAAACUCUAUUUUUCACAAUGAUUAUCAACUUGGUAACUGUACGAGUAUCUGGACCAAGAUGUAGUAUGUUAUUAAUAUAUUGUUAUUUUAAAUGAUUUACCAUAAGUUAUUAUAAAUGUAAACUAUUAUUCGACCAGAAGCAAACAACUUUAUAAAUAAUGAGUAAUUUAUUUUAAAACAAAACUUUAAAUAACAUUUUUUAUUUUUAAAUUACUAAUAUAAGUAAAUAAAUUAACUAAUAUUUAUGUGGUGAAAUUUUUUGAUUAAUAUUAUUAUAUAAUUUUUUUUUUUUUGUAUACUUGAUAGCUAGAU